AUGCCCAAGAGCUCGGCCGUGAGGGCGGUUGGAGCAGGUGUUUAUGGUGGAACGAGCCCGGUGCGGCUGAUCGAGAGUCCUCUGGACCGGUUUACCGGUUCCCCUGCUGACCCCGGCACAGCCAGAGCCAUACAAACCGUGGAAGCUUGUGCCCAGUAUUUUUUUUUCCUUUCUAGCCUCCCAGCUGAGAGACUGAAAGUUUUGGCCUGCUUGGACAAACUGCAACAGCAGCACAUGGAUAUGAUGAAGGUUUUUAAUGAUCCAAUUCAUGGGCACAUUGAAAUACAUCCCCUUCUUGUUCGCAUCAUCGACACACCGCAGUUUCAGCGCCUCAGAUAUAUUAAGCAGCUGGGUGGCACUUACUUUGUUUUUCCAGGAGCCUCUCACAACCGCUUUGAACACUCUAUAGGGGUGGGCUACUUAGCAGGACGUCUGGUUCGUGCACUGAAGAAGAAACAGCCAGAACUGGAUAUAACCCAGCGAGACAUCCUCUGUGUAGAAAUUGCUGGCCUUUGUCAUGAUUUGGGUCAUGGGCCAUUUUCACACAUGUUUGAUGGAAGAUUUAUUCCACUCACUCAUCCAGAUUGGAAGUGGAAGCAUGAAACUGCUUCUGUUAAAAUGUUUGAGCACCUGAUCACUUCCAAUAAACUAGAAGAAGUCAUGGAGUCAUAUGGGCUUGUCCUGGAAGAAGAUGUGGACUUCAUCAAGGAACAAAUAGAAGGACCUACAGAUGAAGCCGCAUGUGAGAUAUCGUGGCCCUACCGUGGUCGGCCAAAGGAGAAAAGUUUCCUGUAUGAGAUAGUGGCUAACAGGAAAAGUGGCAUUGACGUUGACAAGUGGGAUUAUUUUGCCAGGGAUUGCCAUCACCUAGGAGUCCAGAAUAAUUUUGAUUAUAAGCGAUUACUUAAAUUCUUUCGGGUCUGUGAAGUAAAAAAUCAGAGGCACAUCUGUAUCCGUGACAAGGAAGUUGGAAAUUUGUAUGAUAUGUUCCACACACGGAACUGCCUGCACCGACGAGCGUACCAGCAUAAGGUUGGCAACAUCAUUGAAAUAAUGAUUACAGAAGCCCUUCAAAAAGCAGACAAGUUCUUUAAAAUAGAAGGCUCUGGAGGAAAACAGUACCAGAUUUCUACAGCAGUGGAGGACAUGGAGGCCUACACUAAGCUAACUGAUAAUGUCUACCUGGAAAUUCUGCACUCAAGCUCUCCAGAGCUGAAGGAGGCACGAGAAAUUCUGCGUAAAAUAGAACGACGUGAGUUAUACAAGUUUUUAGGAGAGACUCAGCCUCAAACAAGGAGUGAACGUAUACAGAGUAAUAGCCUGGCAGAAAGCAUUGCUAAAUCCAAGCCAGACAAGGAUCCUCCAGAUGUGGAACUAAAGGCUGAAGAUUUUGUAGUUGAUGUUAUCAAUAUGGAUUAUGGAAUGAAAGAACAGAAUCCCAUUGAUAAUGUUCUCUUCUACUGCAAGGCUGAUCCUUCCAAGGCAGUCAAGAUCAGCAAAGAGCAGGUUUCAAAGCUGUUACCCAGGACCUUUGCUGAGCAGGUUAUCCGGGUUUAUUGCAGAAGUCAGGAUCCAGAUACUGUUUCAGCUGCAAAACAGUAUUUCAUUCAGUGGUGCAUAAAGAAGAAUUUCACCAUACCACCGGAUAGUGAUGUGGUUGCCCCUCAUCUAAUUCCAAUGAAGGAAAACUGGAAUAACGCAAGGGAUGAUGGACACUGGACAACUCCAGAACCCAGCUGUGAACAGAGGCUUCCUUUAGAUAAGUAA